AUGUGUUGUUCGGUGGGUUUUGCCAGGUCUUUGGGCCUGGCCCUGCUGCCCCUGGCCCUCUGCUGUAUUGUGGCCAACCUGCUGCUGCUGUUUCCUAUGGGAGAAACCACCUACCUCAAGCAGGACCGCCUGGCCAGCUUCAUCUGGUACUUUGGUGGACUUGGAGGAGGGGGACUGAUGGUGAGUAAAGAAAACCCACAACAUCUAUGGAUGAAUAAUGAUGAUAAUCACCUUUUAUUUGAUCUUUUCAGGGUUAUAUCACAGAGGUUUUAGUACAUGUGACCGUUAGCUGCUGCUCAUGGCUUUGAUAAUCACACACAAAGGUCACUUAUUUUAAGUUUUGCAUGAUUUCAUCCUUUGAUAUCUCAUCCAUUGUGGGUUCUUGAGUUUCCUGUGUGUUUUAAAAUGUCAGUGUUGAAUCUGAAACUUACCUAAAGCUGAAUGAAAGUGGAAAAUGAUCUAAGAGAGAAAUCAAAAAGUUGUUUUAUUUAUUUAGUACAAGGGACCAGAUCUUAGUUCUUGCAGAUUAAGCUUUGUAUUAAGAGGUUUUGGUCUUUUUCCUUCAAUUCGAGAGUCUUAAAGGUUCCCUAAAAUGUGUUAGUAAGCUGUUAUGUGAAGCCUACCUUCAGAGGUUAAAUAGUCACGUGUCCGUCGAAAAGGACUCAAGUUUUCUUCGAGCUAAAAAACAGAAGCUGUUACUGUGCCAUGAUGAGAUGUAGUAUGAGUUAUUUCUAUCAGUUGCAAAGAGGAGGCUUGUACUUUUUCCACUCCGGCACUAAAGGAAGUAAAUCCUUUUAUAACUGCAUGAAAAUGUUUCUCAUGUCAACUCAAAUAUAAGAGAGUCUUUCACAACAUUUUAUCCAUGCGACAGUAAAACUUGACCACUGUGAGCGCUUUAAAAACCGAAGAAUAAAGCUGCAUUCACUGGAAACAAGCAUCUCCUUCCUUCUUGUCUUAUUCAGUGACAGCAGACACAUCCUCCGCUACAUGUAGAUAAAGUCUUUAAAGACUGAAGCAUUUUCUGAGCCUAUUUAUUCUGUAACUAAGCUUUUCAGGUCCUAAUCUGUGUAAUUGUAGUUUUUAUGCACCUUUGAAUCCCAGAAACAUCAUCUUGUUGCAGCUCGAGAUGAAAUUCUGCUCGUUCUCCCUUCAACUUCAUUCAGACUGAGGGUGUUUGCAGUUGUUAUUGGAGAACAAUGGAGGGUUGUGUAAAUUCAGUUAAUCCGUCUGCUCUACAUGCUGCUGAUCUGAUGGCUUUAUACAGCGACCAAGCAGAAAGGAGUUAUUCUUUUGGUUUGGUUUUAAGGAGGGACAGAGGAGAGAUUGUAUUUUCCCAGACAAGAUUGACCCUGUUGACCAGCAGAGCUCUCCUGUUGGGUUCAUAAGGCUUCACGCUUUUAGCAUAUCAAACUUUGUUGUCUGUUUUUCCUUUGAGUCAAAAGGUCACGUUUCAGGCCAUGACAGAAAAAGAGAAAGUAUCCUACAAAGUUUCUCAAAGGCUUUUGAAAUUUGUCUUUUUUUUUGCAGGAGUUUGGUGCAAAUCCUUCAAAACAAGUCAUAGCACAGUUGUCUUUGGUUUUGAUGAGCAUUUCAGAAAGUAAAAGAGGAUGAAUUCAUGUUCAGAGGGAUUAUGAGCUCCGGUUGAGUUACGAAAGAGCAGAGUCUGAGCCUUUAAAAUGAUCCUUUUGUAUGCCCGAAAUUCCUCUCUUGCAAAUCUUUCACAAUAAAAGUUCGAGGAUUAUGCCUCCAUAAAGUUGCUGAAAUGUUCUUAAAGAAUAGGCAACAACUUCUGAGAAACCAGCAAAAGUAGAAACACAAAGAAGACAAUAAAAAGCCAAAGAGCCUGUGUGAAUAUGUACGCAUGUGCAGAUGCUGAAAAUGGUUUUACAGUUGUUGCCAACCAGUUGUCGUAUUUGUGCAACUGGUUGGCAAACGUUUGUGGAGGACUGGGGAGAGUGGACUGGCAGGCCUGUUUAAGCUCCUGCGAGUUUUUAGAUAUUCCUGAAAUGACAAGAUAAACAGUUUUAACAAAGUAGAUUUUAAUGUCUGAAACUGGUGUGAGGGGGUAGAUGUCGGACCAGCAGCUGGAGAAACAGUCCAGUUUCAUAAUUAAUGAUGCAUUUGACUGUCAAAAGUCAGUGUGAUGAGAUUUUUCUAUCAGGAGACACUAAUUUAUCAUGGAAAGGAUGAAAUAAGCGGAGAUUGUCAAUAGGGGGCGCCAAAGUUUACUCACAGGAGCUUUAAGUAGGGUGACCAUAUUCUGACUUCCCAAAAAGAGGACACAACUACGCAGGGGCGGAGUCACAGAGUCGCACAAAGUUAAUUUUGAGAGUUUUUCGGGUCGGAUCAGGUGUCUUUUAUGUGCUUCUAACUCAGUAAUUCCACGUGACAUAAACUUGAAACUUACGGACAAAACCACAGACAUUUGCCCCAGAAAAAGAGGACAUGUCUGAGUACCUACUUUAAGCACAUAGGCAUCUGAUUUUAACUGCUUCUGUGGUAAAAUUUAAGCUGUUGGUUGCUGUGAAGGUAAUAAAAGAUUAUCAAUUAAUUAACUGAAUAGAAAAAUAAUAAAAACAUCACUGAAGUUCCUCAGUUUUCACCUGAUGAUACAUUUUAAUCUAAGGGAUUUAGGAUAAAAGUUGUCUAGUGAAGCCUGUCUCAAAGAAAAACCUGAAUAUUCCUUACAUUUUAAAUUAUACAAACUCUGUUUUUUAGUGAGUGAGUUUCAGUGCUGUUUUUGAAUACAUAUGAAAAGAGUGAAUCCCAUAGACUACGUUGAUUGAUCCACCUUUUUGUUUGUCUCCCUCCCUUGUGUUUCCGUUCCUGAGCUUUCCCGGUCUUUGUGGAAAUAACACAACACUAAAAAGUCAAAGUGCAAACUGAACUCCUCUGAGAGAAAUCUAUCUUUAGCUCCCUCUCUUCCUCCCUUUUUCCUUCUUUCUCGUUUCCUGUCUCACCGUGCUCUCUGUUUUUCUCCUUGUGCACUUCUCUUUGUGAUCUUUGUGUGCAUGUGCUAAUGUGUAAAACCUUGGAAACUUCUCUCCUGUGUUGGGUGUGAUUUGUUGUCCUUGACUGUAGGGGAUGAGGCAACAGGACAGGAAAAGGGAAGUAAGGAGGAAAGGAUGGAUAGUGAGAGGAAAACCUUAGAGCAAACAGCUGUGGGAUUCACUCAGGAAGGGGGCUCUGUAACAGGAUUAACUAAAUGAAACACUGAUAAAUCAUCUACAAAUAAACAUGAUGUUUAAAGGGACGAUUUCUAAUAAAGAAACUUCGUAUGUGGUUCAAAAUUCAAGCUUUAGGGUACAAUAAAAUCUCAUUUCUGUGUUCAGUAACUUCUGGCAAAGGCUGCUCGCGUGUUUUUUCCCUCCAAAGACCAACAAACUUCUGUUUUGUGCUUCCAGAUGCUGGUUCCAGCUGUGGUUUUCAUCUCUAUGGGGAAAUGCAGCUUCUGCUGGAAUGAAAGCUUAAUGGUAAGAGACCCAAUAAAACAUGAUUCUACUUAUAAAAAUCUCUACAGUCGAUGUAGUGACCUGUAUGUUUAGUAUGAGGAGACCAAAUGUCACUCGUAGGUUUUCAUAGCCUUCCUUUUUUCCGAACACUUGCUGAUAAUGCUCUACAGUAGUCAUUAAGCCAGCUAACACUGUGUCUUUAUGAGGCAGCAUGCUAACGCUAAUCCAGCGUUCAUAAUUUAACAAGGAGCCCAUUGUUAGUCGACGCAGCACAGGGUCAGCUUGGCUCACAGCCUUGCAGCCACAUGCACAGCUGCAAGUGUGAUUUUUCCAACAUGUGUGUGUCUGUGUUGUUGUUUUAUCUGUGAAAUGAUUGUAUGAACAGCUCCUGUGUUGCAUGUUCUCUCCAGAUGUGCGGGUCAGUGUUGGCAGCUGUGAUUGGACUGGUGGGGUCUUCUUACUGUUUGGUCAUAUCGGGGUUCACUCUGGUGCAGGGUCCCCAGUGUUUCACCGCUUUUGGAUGGUCUUACCCCUUUGCAGAACAGGGGGGCAGGUAUGGAGACACACAUGCAAUACAUUACACAGCUUCUAGGAGGGGUAAUUUCAAAGUUACCCGUCUACAAAGAUCUAGAGUUUCUAGAGUUUCAAGAAAACUAAGUUAUAUCUCUGGCAAUAAGUCUUUCACAACUUUAUCUUUCUGUUUGACAAGAAUGUGACUGCUGACAUAUAGACUCAGACCCUUUUACCAUUAGUGUUAUGCACCGCCAAGUAAGUAGAGCUAUUUGUGCAGGGAAAUCAGUCCAUUAGCAUUUGUGCACCAUCUUAGAAUCUACAGGUCCAAAGGCACUUGACCCAAACCUCCCAUUAGUAUGAAAGAGGAUGAGGGCCACAUGAAGAGAAAAAUAAUUACAGGAAGGAGAUUAAAGUCAAAAUUUCGAGAUUAAAAGAAUCGAAAUUCUGUCAAUAAAGUCGAAAAUUCGAGAUUAAAAAUUGAAAUUCCAAGAUUAAAGUCGAAAUUUCAAGAUGACAAAAUGUUGUGAAUUAUUUCAAAAUUUCAAGAUUAAAAUCUCAAAAUUUCAACUUUAUUGACAUAAUUUCGAUUUUUUAAUCUCAAAAUUUCGACUUUAUUCAAGUAAUUCAAAUUUUUUUAAUCUCGAAAUUUCAACUUUAUUCUCGAAAUUUUAAUUUUUUCAUUUCGACUUUUGAAUUUUGAUUUUAACCUCGAAAUUUUGACUUAAAUCCCCAAAUGGAAAUGAAAAAAAUCACCCUCCUGAAUUUAUUUUUUCCUCUCCUUGUGGCCCUAGCCCUCUUUCGUACAUUAGAAAGUUUGCUCAAAAAAUGUAGCUAGCUUACUCAAUGACUGACAGCUAUCCAAUGUGGCCAGAGUGCCGCCCCAGCAUGAAGGCAAUAUAAAUAUGUGAUAUGUUUAAGUUUUGUUUUUGCUGCAAUGCAUCACAAUGGAGUUUUUGCACACUGAAAAAAACUUAACUAUUUAGUGGUUCUUGUAGUGCAACCUCAAGGACUGCUUUUAAACCUUUUCCUCAUUAUGCUAAACUCAACAAAUCCUCCAUAAGUUGAGUUUGUGUGUCAUCCCACAGACUUCUCUUUGCAUUUAGCAAAGUCAGAUCCAUGCUGGCCUCUCUUGUGAAAUAAAUCAGCUGUGUCCACAUCUCAUUUACAAGCUAUUCUAAGUGCACAGCCUCACACUGCCUGUAAAUGCUCUCUCUCUCUCCAUCUUAGGUACCUCUUACAGCCAGAAACCUGGUCGCGGUGUCUUCAGCCGGUCAAUAUCGUGGAAUGGAACGUGACUCUCCUGUGUGUGCUCAUGGGCCUGGCUGUGAUGGAGUUCAUCAUCUGUCUCAUGCAGCUGGGGAGCGGUUUAGUCAAUGCCGUCUGUCGGCCUUUUUGCUAUAAGCAGGAGUACAGUCUGAAUGCUUAG